AUGGCAAUCGAGAUCGUCCCGCUGGCAAAGGCAGAUAUACCCGGUGCCGUAGAGUGCGUGCAGAAGGCCUUUUCCGACGACCCUUACUUCCGAUGGGCCUUUAACGACCCUUCCAAGUUCAACAUUCAGCGAAAUGCGGCAUCGCUGGCCGCUCACUUCGAGUACGGAAUCAACUGCUACUGCCCCAUCUCCGUCGCCAAAGUGACCCGCGCAACAACCGACCAGAAGAUCGACCGCGAAGCCCAGCUCCAAUCCGGCACUAUCGUCGGCGUGGGCUGGUGGUACUCGCCCCAACCAUCAUCAACCCCAGAACCUUGGUCUAUCUGGGCCCAAAGCUGGCUUCUCUCAUUCCGCCAGUUCAAGAACAACGUCCGCUUCCUCGGUCGUGGAGGGCUGAAUCUCUCCCGAUACUGGAUCUGGAAAGAGGUUCAGCAAGAGGCGCACGAUUCUCUCUGGACUGAUCCGCGCGGAUAUUACUUCUGCAACAUGGUUGGUGUCAGCUCUCAGGCUCGCGGCAUGGGCAUCGGGAAGCGACUGAUGGAGAGUGUGAUGGAAAGAGCGGAUCGUGAGGGGAUGCCGUGUUAUCUGGAGAGCUCGAAGGGGUAUCCCAACGUGACUAUUUACGAAAAGAUGGGAUUCGAACUCGUGCGGGAGAUUGAAUGUGCGGAUAAAGGGGAUGUUUGCAAGCUCUAUUGCAUGAUCCGUUUCCCGAAGAUCAAGUCCUGA